AGAGGUUUCUCUUGCUACUCAGUCAGUGGCUGGCUGGGAUCUGGCCCUCGCAUGUGUGUGCCGGGGAUCGAACCCGGAGUGUUUGACACCCUGUGAAAUUAGCCUUGAAAAGCUGUACAAAUGGAACUAUUCACAGUGAACUAGAGUGAACUCUGCUUAAUAUGGACGGAAAUAAGUCUCCACUGUACGUGGUGCUCUAGAGUGGAAUGUGUUUAAUAUGGACGAAAAUAAAGGAGUCUCCGCUGUUCUUUCUAAGGUGGUCCUCACGUCAUGGUGGGUGUGAUGUGGCUGAGACACGUGACGUCAACAAUUUCUGAUGUCACCCAGUCCCGGCGCCUGCACAUCUUUGCGUCACGGCGCCUGCACAUCCUUGCGUCACGGCGCCUGCACAUCCUUGCGUCACGGCGCCAGCACAUCUUUGCGUCACGGCGCCUGCACAUCCUUGCGUCACGGCGCCUGCACAUCCUUGUGUCACGGCGCCUCCACAUCCUUGGGUCACGGCGCCUCCACAUCUUUGCGUCACGACGCCUCCACAUACUUGCGUCACAGCCCCUGCACAUCUUUGCGUCCCGACGACAACAUCUAAAACCUCUCUCGACUGUAAAAUCUCCUUCCCGAGUACCUUCCGGUGCCAAAUCUCACUGUUGGUGUCUUCAAGAACUGGCACUAUCACCGACCUCUGACGCCUCGCUUCCAUAGACUAUCGUAAUGUCAGGCGCACAAGACGCCGCCCUGAUCGAGCAGACUGUUAGAGCUUCGAUCUGGGGCCAGAUUUCCCACGAUGAAGACCUUUUCACCCAAGCACACCAGAUGCUGAUCGGGGCGAAGGAUGAGAUCGAGGGAGAGUCUUUGGCGAAGCGAGAUCCUUGCGAAGUCAAUAUUUCCUCCACUUCCGACGUGAGGAAAGAUGGAGAAAGCGGCGAUAAGUGGGUAAGAGAGACCGCGAAGUCGAAGAGGAAACGCACUUCCGCGGCGCCUAAGACACUUCCACCGCUGCUGCCGAUGGCGUCGCGCGAAGUCCGAAGUCCGCAGCCGACUUCGACGACCCGGGUAGUUACCACAGAGUCACCACGACCUUCACUACGACGUACGCCGUCACCCUGUAGGAGACAGGAUGCCAUCGGUGCUUCGAAGCGCGUCUCUCCACCGCCCCUACUGCCUCUCUCCUCAACGCUCUUUACCAUGACUCCCGCCUACUCCACCUCCCCUUCUGCGUCUCCUCCGUCGAAACGCUCUACGCCCUCUUCCUCGCCGCAUUCACGACGCACGCCCACGCCCACCCUGUCAGCCCGAAGGACCUGUCCACCGCCCACCGCGGCCACGCCUCCGUCAGACUCCUACUCCCCUACACGAGAAGAAAUGGAACAGGAACAUCGUUUAAAAAAAAGAGUGUGUGGUGCGUGUGGGGACGAGGCUCGCUCCCUGCACUUCGGGGGCCUGGCCUGCGACUCCUGUAAGGCCUUCUUCAGGAGGGCCGUUGUCAGCAACGCCUUCCCGGGCUUCGUGUGUACCAGCGGCCACAACUGUACUAUAACCGUCGAGUCGCGGAGGAGCUGCCAGGCGUGCAGGUUCACCAGUUGUCUUCGGGCCGGGAUGGAGCUGCCCUUGGCCGCCCACGAGAACAACGGUCCCCGAGCCCACUACGCCAACCCCAUCUAUUACCAGGGCUUUGAACGCGUCCAGGACCGGUUGAGGACUGCCCAUGCCGCCUUCAGCAAGAGCCCCCACGCGGAGAACGGCCCUACCCACCUGUUAGAGGGCAUCGUUGCCGAUUCGUCCCAAGCUGUCACUCCUCCCGGCGGUUUGAUAGGUCCUUCGCCUAUCCUCGGAUAUAGAGGCGUGGGCUUUGGCCAUCCUGGGGCAGAGUCCUAUCCCCUCCGGAGUCCUAGUUUGCCUGCUAGCCACGGAUUCUUGGCUAGUUUCACGCCUAUGGUUAGACAUGGGUCUCUUGCUAGCCACGAGUCGCUCGCUAGCCGCUUGGAGGUUGAUAAACACGAUUCUACUAGUAAAUAUAAUUCUAUAUCUAGACAUAUAUAUGCAUCAACAUCUACACGUGUGAACUCCGAGAGCAAGCAAACACCUAUAGUUAACAAUAGUCCCGCCGGGAGCCAUGUGUCUGGUGAUAGACAUUCCAACAGCCAAUCGUCUAUGUCCUCCCUCAGCCACGCUAGAUAUUCACUUACGCUUGAUCUAUCUUCCCCUAGACAUUCAGCCAUAUCUCCCUUGAGUCAUCCGAGAUAUUCACCCAUGACUACUGUGAGUCAUACUCAACAUUCACCUAUCACUGCCCUAAGACAUUCACCCGAGACUUCACUUAGUCCCAUCAGAACUUCUCCAAAUACCCAAAGUCCCAUCAGAACUUCUCCAAAUACCCAAAGUCCCAUCCGAACUUCUCCCGCUACCCAAAAUCCCAUCAGAACUUCAGCCAUAGUUACCCAAAGUUCCACUGGUCACUCAUUAAUGGCAAACUCUCUCUCGGCCGCCCCGAGGCACAGACUAACCAAUCACAAUAUCGACACUCAGGUCCUCCUCGAGUCCUGGUCUGAGGGUAAGCCAAAUCCUCCAGCUUUGGAAUCGGUGGAAGAACCUCAAAAUCUCGUCAGAGGGCAGAGCGAGACGAGCCUCUUGGAUUCAAGCUAUGCCCCAUCGCGGAGAUAUCUUGAAGACCCUCUAGAUGUCAAAGAGGAAGCUUUGUCUGUUCCUCAAGUCCUUCCAAGUGUCAAAGAAGAAUCUCGGUCUGUUCAUCAAGUCCCCCCGAGUGUCAAAGAGGAAGAUGUCCUGAAGUUAGAAGACCUCGCGGAGAUUAGAACAUUGCAUGAAUGCAAUGUUGCAAUCACCGACAAUUCGGAACCGGUGGGAGAGAGGAUGAUCAAAACAGAAGAACUGGGCAAUGUUUAUUCUUGUUUCAUACAGAAACGUGCCAGAUUCCUGGUCAGCACGCCGCUCUACAAGACUCUGGCUUUGCCAGAUCGUCAGAAACUCCUCCACACAGCCGUGGCCAUGAGCACCUACUUCACAGGCGCCCAUCUCAUAGACACUACCAACUACACCUGGAAGAACAACAAGGACGCCGCAGAGAAGAGUUCGCACGUCAUGUCUGUCAAUUCGCUGAGACCUGUCCUCUCCCACGACCAGUUCGUAUUCAUGAUGCGUUACUACAUGACCUAUUCUCCUUUCUUCUCCGACCAGACGGUCACGCUGCUAAUGCAGGUUUUGUCGUUAUUUUACCCGGAGUCGGGGCUAACGGAGCCUCGGGUGGUCGAGAAGGGUCGGCUUCACUACAUUCGUCUCCUUUCUCGUUACCUGAUAUCCACCCAGGGUCUCCAAGCGGGCCAAGAACACCUGAAAAUACUCAUCGAGAGUCAACAGGAGGCUCGGCAGCUGAUGAACAUUCUUCAGCACGUUGAUUUGGCUCCCCGAGGACCAGGGAAUGAUGAAGUGGCCUCGAAGAAGAUUCUGAUGGAGGGAAUACAGUUGGUCUUCGAAAAGGCGAGAGAAAGCUUGACCAGAGUACCGAGGGAGAGGCAGCAAGAUGGAUACCAUACGGACGGUUCGGGAAGCGAGCCAGACCGGUGUGGCCCUCAAGACGAACUCAACACAUCGGAAUCUCCGCCGAUAGAGGAUAAGGACCGGAUAGACUUUAUCCAGCGGACGCUAAUCCGUUUGGCUGACUGUGAAGACCCUCAGAUCCUGGCGGAAGCUCGUCGUAUCCUACCGACUGAUCUUAUCCUAAAGUUCUUCCAACUAUAAGCGAGACCGUCCCCUCGACGAGAAGUCGUAAAGCUCAACUAAGUUUAAUCUAUAACUUAAAGCUUCAAGAGGAAGUAUAACCCUACCUUCCUCUCUGCUAGAAAGCAGCCCAAACAAGCUAAGGUUAUUCCCAGGCCUAGACAACAGCCCAAUAGGGGGAGGUUGUCCCCAGGCCUAAACAACAGAGAAUCCACCUUACGUCUCAUGGAUCUGCCAAUCCAUGGCGUUACCAAUUCUAAUAUGGCGCCCAGCAACCCCAAAGUUAUAUUUUAGGUAUAGUUUUAAGUGGAACUUCAGUGGAUUUCGCUUCCUCGCUGAGAGGGGGAACGUUGCCAUUGGGGUGAGUGAGAGAUCGAAGCAAAAGAUGAACAAUGAAAUAACUGAAACUCUCCCGAAAAGGUACUGAAUCACGGUUCGGACCUCUGCGAGUGACUGUGUGUGUGUGUGUGUGUGUGUGUGUGUGUGUGUGUGUGUGUGUGUGUGUGUGUGUGUGUGUGUGUCGGUGGAUGUUUUAUAAGUGAACUCCAAAA